AUGUUGGCUCCGGAAGUGGGCAGAUCCGAAGCAGGAAUCCGGAGCUGAGCUUCACGUCAAACGGCUGAGAGUUUUAUCCGACCUGUGGGCCGUUUCCCCCGGUUCUCACCUCUAACACUCACCCUACAUGCUGCGGGGCUCUCCGGUCGCUUCAGGUAGGCGCUUCUCUUCGGGAUCUGCUCGAGUUUCACAGCCAUGGCCUCUCUGAAGCAGAGGACCUCGGGCCUCGUCCAGCGGAAGAACGACAGGGAGUCCGGCGAGGAAGAGGACGAGGCUCGCCGCUGCGGGGAGGAGGACGACCAGGAGCAGGACGACAAGGGGGACUCUAAGGAGACCCGCCUGACCCUGAUGGAGGAGGUGCUGCUGCUGGGCCUCAAGGAUCAGGAGGGCUACACGUCCUUCUGGAACGACUGCAUCUCCUCUGGGCUGCGGGGCUGCAUGCUGGUGGAGCUCGCUCUCAGAGGGAGGCUCACUCUGGAGGCCUGUGGGGUGAGGAGGAGGAGCCUGCUGUCCAGGAAGGUCAUCUGUAAGUCUGACGCGCCGACAGGAGACGUUCUGCUGGACGAGGCUCUGAAGCACAUCAAGGACACGCAGCCUCCAGAGACCGUGCAGAGCUGGAUAGAGCUGCUCAGCGGAGAGACCUGGAAUCCCCUGAAGCUUCACUACCAGCUGAGGAACGUGCGGGAACGUCUGGCCAAAAACCUGGUGGAGAAAGGCGUCCUGACCACGGAGAAACAGAACUUCCUGCUGUUCGACAUGACCACACACCCGCUCACCAACAACACCAUCAAACAGCGCCUCGUCAAGAAGGUCCAGGAGUCGGUUCUGGAGAAGUGGGUGAACGACCCCCAUCGUAUGGACAAGAGGGUCCUCUCUCUGAUCCUCCUCGCCCACUCCUCAGACGUCCUGGAGAACGCCUUCGCCCCCCUGCAGGACGAGCAGUACGACCUGGGCAUGAAGAGAGUCCACACCCUGCUGGAGCUGGAGCCCGAGAAGGAGAGCGCCAAACCCAACGUCAACGAACUCAUGUGGGCCGUGGUGGCCGCCUUCACUAAAUGAAAACGUGUGUGUUAUUUAAUCAUCUGAAGGACUUCGGCUUUAAUGAGACGGACUUCACUUUAAUGAGACAAUCUGUUUUGGGUUUUGGGGGGGGGGGGAGCCAGUGUUUGUACAUCUUAUUCCCAGGAUGGCGUUUCGGUGGCAGUCCGUAUUAAAAACCCAAUCUGAUCGGUGGUGGUGGGCUUCACCGAGUAAGGGAGGAUUUCUAAAUGAUAAAACGACUGCUUUCACACAGUGCGAGACUGGACUCACACACCAGCAAAGGUUAGAUAACAGUCGUGGUGAGAAAGAAGACCAGGUUCGACACUAAGGAAACAUCUCCACAUUACUACAAGGAUCGGACCACAUCCCGGUCCACUGCAAAGAGGUCUGCUCCGCAUGCUCUUUGCACUCCAUCCUUUCAUUCCCACGUGUGUUGGGAGUUAGCAAACCAGAAUGUUCUUCUCAUUAAAAUCCCUUUUUUUUCUCCUCGGUUCCUCCUCAGAGCGUUUUGAGGAGGAAGCGCAGGACAUCCUCGUAGACCUAAAUGAAGAAAAAGUCUUUAUUAGUUGCAAUGGGUCCAUCCUGUGUUUAUUACAGAAUGAGACCAGUCUUCCAUUUGUAUUUAUGUUGCUUGGAGUAGUCCGCCAUUUAUCCACUAUUUUUGCACAGCAGCCCUGCAGGUAGGAUCGUAUUUAUAAGGGGAUUUUCUUGGGUCGAGCAGAAGAGAUUUAAAUAAUCAUGAACCUUAGCAAACAUGGUCAAAACAAAUCUCACUUAUUUUGUCUACAGCUAUAAAGAGUACUUACAAAUCAUUCCACAUAUAGAAAGCUUCUGUUGUUAUUUUUAUUGUUACGUGUUGACAAGAUUGACAGUGAGUGUGAAAGGGUCGACUCACCCAAAUUACUAUAUAUUUUUUUUUUAAACAAAUGCUCUCAGUUAUACGGAAGACGUUUAAGGCCACGUACGUUUUGAGAUUUUCAGAAAGAAAUGGACAUGUUUUUCUCCAAUUUCUGAGUUUAAAUUUGAAAUUCAGAUUUUCUUUCUCUGCAAAUUCUGAUUUUUUUUUAUCGAUUUUCGCAGUUUUAAGAUAGAAAACUGGCUUUUUUUCUAAGUGGCUCUAAUCCUCUUCUGUACAACAAGGGUUUUCAUUUGAGUUACUUUCAUCUGAAUACAAAGGGGGUAAAUGGAAUUUCUUUAAAAGAUGCACAGGAAGACUCCACCAACUUCUAUCUCGCCCUGCCCUGCUCCAUUACCCACUGUGAAGUCCUCGGGCAAUUUCCAGUUCACAUCAGGAUUAUCCUUCUGAUGGUUAAAGUGGUCAAGCAUCAUCUCCGGGACAGUUGUCGACACUUUCUCCCUUGAGUUGUCAUUCCAGAUGAGCUCAGGGUUCUCUGAAGCUACGUCUCUUCCAAGAGUUUCCUGCUAAUCCAAAAUCUUUACUGUAAACUGUUUUUCCUGGAAAUAUUUUGCACUAAAGAUAACGUCCGUGUUGAACCUCCCUCUGGGAAUUCACUGGACACCAACAGGGGGAAGUGAGGCGAUGCAUUUUGUAAAUUUGGGUAAACCGACCCGUCUUUCAAAGUUUCCCUCUUGCAAUAUGUUGUUCCUUUCAGUUUACAUGUCAAAAUUAGAUCUUAUAUUGUUUCAUACAUGCAGACAAAAGGAGGGUAACUUUGGCGCCUGAAUACUCCUUCAAAACUAAAAAAAACCUAUUAGAUUAAAAACAUACUGUUGUGUAGAUGUGGGUAAACAUCUAUUUCGAUAUAAAAUCCUCCAUCGGGUCUGAUGAGUGCGAUCUUUGUAUGAUCCCCUUUUUGUUUUAUGGCAUACUUAUUUUUCUGUUUUACUUUUGGGUUUUUUUACUACCAACAAAAUACCAGUAGGUGUGAGCAGCUGAUUUUGAGCAGAGAGGAUGCAUGCUGUUGGUGGAGGUGGAGGGUACGUGUGGAUGUAGCCACAGACGAAAGGCUUGUAUGUAAUUAUUAGUCAUUUUAUGUGUACGGUUUAAUGAAACUCAAUGAAAGGGAUCGUCUCUCCUAUCUCUAUAAUUCUGUAUGCUUUUGUAUUACCACACAAAAUAAAGUAAGGAUCCUUUAAGUGCCUGAAUUUA